AUGAACAUCUUCAAAAGGAUUAUCGUAAAUUGUUGGCUUGCUCUUGGACAAGUUAUCGGUCUCAUCUUCAUUGAUUCUGAUAAGAAUGGAAAAUUUUAUUGCAUUAAAUAUUACGGCGUCUACAGCUUUGUUAUUUCUGUUCUCUUAAUCAUCAUACAUCCAAUUGCUUACUACAAGUGUGCUAGGAUUGUGAAUGUCAUUGAUGGAUUGGAUCAUUCCAUUCCUGUCAUAGUUACUUCACUACGAGAUUCCAUCGAUUAUAUAUUCAUGAUUGCAGCUUUUAUAUUUCAACGUUUCAAUCGUAUGAAUUUGAUGAAUUUAUUAAACGAGAUUUCCGAGUUUGUGAGAGACAACGAAAGGAAAUUCUCGAGUGCUUUCUCUUUAUGGACAGAAAAAAUCAAAUAUGAAAAUAUCUUUUGUGUGGGGAUUGUUUUAACAUUUAUGAAAGCGUCAAUCAGCUCGCUUCUCUGCGCUCUGAUUAUUAAUAAGGACGAAGUGAAUUGGAUUCAUUUCCUGUUUUUAAUUCUUCCUAAGGCUGCGAUGUUUGUUGUUGUGAAUGAAUAUUUUUAUGGAGUUUUGUUACUAAGAUUUCACAUAAGUAUGUACACAAAGUUAAUCUCAGAAGCACAAAAGAAGUUGGAACUUCAAACCGAUGAAAAGUUGACAAAACUCAAGAACGAUCUUGACACUUGCGACUUACUUGAUGAGAUGUCCUUAUUUCAUUCGAAAUUAUUCAAAAUUUACAAGAAUUUCUCUGGAAUGUAUCAAUUUCAAAUGCUUUUAUUUAUCUUCUCAAACUUCUUUGGGAUAAUGCUUGACAUGUUUUACGUGUUUAAUGUGAUUUUUUAUGCUUAUCUUAAUUUAUAUUCACCGAACGCGUCUUACUUGAAAUUUGCAGCAACAUUUUCAUUCCUUAUACGAUGCUUCACAGUUUAUUUCCAUUUGGCAUUUUCCUGUUCAACUACGGGAACAGACGCAAAGAAUCAAAAGCUCGUGCCAAGCAUGAACAGUUAUCGAAGUGAUCGAAGACUGAAACAUUCUGUAAUUAUUCUUAAAUUAAAAUUAAUUGACUUUUAA